CUGCGCGCAUGCGCCCCGCCACCCCGUGGCCGGCAGUGCCCGCUGCGGCUUGGGGGCGGGGCCUUGCGCGCAGCGCAGCCAUGGCGGGGGCGCUGAGGAAGACCACUGGGCUUGUAGGAUUGGCUGUAGCUGAAAACCCUCAUGAGCGCUUGCGAAUACUGUACACAAAAAUCCUUGGUGUCCUGCAAAACAUUCCCAAAGAUGCAGCAUAUAGGAAAUACACUGAGCAGAUUGUAAAUCAGCGGUUUAAUUUGGUGCAAACGGAGACUGAUGUGCAAAAACUACAGGACAAACUGAAUAGCGGUCACAUAGAAGAAGUCAUUGUACAGGCUGAAAAUGAGCUUUCCCUGGCAAGAAAAAUGCUACAGUGGAAACCAUGGGAGCCUCUAAUUGAAGAACCUCCUUCUGACCAGUGGAGAUGGCCAGUCUAAUUUUCAAAAUGGUGUAACCUCUUGAAAAUCAAAAAAAAAAAGUUAAUUAUUAAUCUAUUGUUACUGACAGUUGUCUUUAAAUUAAAGAUAAUAACUUCAUAAAAACAUGUUUUGUCCUAAUGUCCACUUACAUUUAGCAAUCUAAAGACCGCUUCCAAUUUCUUGCAAAAAUAGUUUUAAGAAAAUUCCUUUCAGCUGUUGUACAUACAACCUUUGGUUUAUUUCCUUUUGGAAUUUAUUAUUAACAGGGUAUUUAUGCCUCAUUCUGAGUUAUUUUUUUAAUUUAUGUUAUAUUUUAUGUUGCAGGCCAUUUGAAAUCAAAAUCAGAGUUGUAGCAAAGUAUGAUCCCGCCCUUCACUCCCACCUUGUGUAUUUUUGCCAGCUGCUGCCAGGGUCCUUAUAACCAUGCAGAUACUGAGAUCAGGGGUCUGAUGCAAUGAAAGCUAUGCUUACCAAAAGUAACAGUUUUUUAGAUUUCAGUUGAAUCACUGUCUUGAACUGUCUGACUUGGCUGCCACAUGAACACUAAUUCUGACUCGGGGGAAGGGCUGGGAAGACCCAAGAUUGGAGGGGUGAGGGGGAGAAGGACAACCACCCCUUAAGGUGACAGCAGGUUUCUUGGUUAGCAGGUAGGUUACCGUACUUAGCAUAACACAAGUGGCACAGACUUUAGUAUUGGGGUCUUACAAAGGCUUUGUUUAUAAAAAUGUAUACUUCAUAGAUUUAUUUGUCUGUUAAUGAUUCAGACCUUGAAUAUUACUUGGUAAUAUGAAAAACAUAGUGUAUCUUUCUUGACGCAUCUGGCUAAGUUCUUUCAAACAUUUAAAUGGAAACAGUGUCUGCCUCUUCUGAAAAAUUUUGUUUACAGAUUUAAGCUAUAAGCCCCAAUUAAAAUAUCCAAACUAGAUCUAAGGAUACUGUGCAAGUUUGCCUUUACUCAUAUUUUUUUCAGUACCAUUAAUAAAGUUCUUGCAAGUCGAAAGAUAAGAAUA